AUGAUUGUGGGAUUUAUCCGGACAAAGCCGAGUCGUCAGCAAUUGGAAAGACAAAAUACUACAGAUGAUCAAAGGAAAGCAGUAACGUAUGGCAUGACAUUAUUUGGAUGUGGCAUUCAAAAGUCGCAUGCAAGGAAGGAGGUUCUCCUUCCCCCCGAAGAAGCUGUCGAUGCCUACAAAAGUGAACUUUUAGCACUGGAGGAUAUUUUGUUUACAAGACCUCAUUUGAAAAUGCAUAUUACAGUUGGAGAUGUUGUAUUACCUGGAGAUCUCAUUGGUGAGCAAGAUGAACUGAAAAAAGUUGUAUAUGGACCAGGUCUGCGUGUACAUCAGAAUCAAAUUUAUGCUGUUACAAGUGGUAUUUUUAAGAAAAAGCCAGAUGCUAAUUAUUAUUAUGUGGAUACGUUUCAUCAAAAACGUUAUGUGCCAGUGCGAUCUGAAGAUGUGUUAGGUGUUGUUACAAACAAGUCUGGAGACAUUUUUAAAGUGGAUAUAGGAUCCAGUGAACAAGCUUCCUUGUCAUAUUUAGCCUUUGAAGGUGCCACUAAGAAGAACAGGCCUGACAUACAAGUUGGUGAUCUUGUAUUUGCUAAACUUGUUGUUGCAAGCCGUGACAUGGAACCUGAAUUAGUAUGUGUAGAUUCAUAUGGAAAAAAAGGCAAAUUAGGCCCUUUACCUGAAGGCGGCUUCGUUUUUUCUUGUAGUUUGAAUUUGGUCAGAAAAAUUUUGAAAAAAGAUUAUCCUUUAUUUAAUGUACUUGGUAAGGAUAUUAGUUAUGAAAUAUCAGUAGGUAUGAAUGGGAAAGUGUGGGUGAAAGCUGCCACAAUUCCACAAACAAUAGCAGUUUGUAAUGCAAUUUUAGCAGCAGAGCAUAAAACAAAAGAUGAAAUUGAUGAAAUGACAAAACAAAUUCUCAAGAUAUCAACUCUAGAAUGUCGAACAAAAAGAGUUCCAACCCUCACGAACUGUCGCCGGCAGAGCGCCCUCCCGUUACAGAUUCGCGAACGCUCCAGACGCUCGGGGCGCUGGCUGCUGCAGCGGGAAGAGGUCGAGAGUGGGGAAGGGCGGAGUAGGAGAGAACAAGCAACCCUUGCGCUCCCAGCUUCUCCUACGGCGCCGCGGCGCAGCCCCCUCCGGCGACGCAGCGUCCCGCCCCCGGCCCCGCCGCCUCCGUUGCGGUACACAGAGUGGCGCGGCGCGGCCCCGCCCUGUUCGAAAGCGGGAAGCGGCGGCGGCGGCGGCGUCAUCCGUACAGCAAUGGCGUAG